ACGGCAUCAAAUGCGGUUGCUUUCAGUAAGACGAUAUUACACUUAUCACGCAUAUACAUUAACAUCCGUGUAUCCACUCACACCAGGAUAGAAAAUUACUCGGUUAUCGCUAUGUAUAAGUCAGUAAAGUUGGGCCACAUGGCAACAGUGUCCCCUUUCUAAUACUUAUGGUUGUGUCCGUAGGCAGCCAAAUAUUUGACAAACUAACAAUCGGCGUCGAGUUAGCUUAGUGUACAAACUAAUCACUUACAUUGACUAAAAAACACACUUCCCUCGACUUUAGCUCAGUCUCCUGUGCCCCCGAUACGUACAUUCAAGCGUGAGCAGGAUGUCAACUCCGGCGAGACGACGUUUAAUGAGAGAUUUUAAACGGCUGCAAGAAGAUCCUCCAGCUGGAGUCAGUGGGGCCCCCUCAGAAAACAAUAUAAUGGUGUGGAAUGCUGUCAUUUUUGGGCCAGAGGGAACUCCUUUUGAAGAUGGAACAUUCAAACUUACCAUAGAGUUCACAGAGGAAUAUCCAAAUAAGCCUCCAACAGUGAGAUUUGUCUCUAAAAUGUUUCAUCCUAAUGUAUACGCCGAUGGCAGCAUAUGCUUAGAUAUACUUCAGAAUCGUUGGAGUCCCACUUAUGAUGUGUCUUCAAUAUUAACGUCAAUACAGUCUUUACUCGAUGAGCCCAACCCAAACAGUCCAGCCAACAGCCAGGCGGCGCAGCUGUACCAGGAAAACAAGCGAGAGUACGAGAAGAGAGUUUCUGCUAUCGUUGAACAGAGUUGGCGCGAUUGUUGACCCUCGUCACUGUCAUCAUUAUCGUGGUCCCCGCCACGAACAGUGUGUCCGGGUCAUCAACUCAUCUCACAGUAUACGCUUUGUCCCCCUUGCAAAAAAAAAAAAAAAAAGUCGGUUGCCAAGUUUAUACGCUGUCGUGUUUGUGGCGUUCACUUCUGCCGAAUGCCAUCAUCAGGUUAAAGGUGUUUAAAAAAAGUUAAUGUAUCUUGUUAUAUCUGGGUUACUUGUCUCUUUUUUGUGCAAAGUGGCUGCUAACUAUGUGCUUGCUGUAAAACCACCUACUGUUCUUAUUUCCACAAAAAAAUAAUGUAUUUAUUGGUAU